AUGGCCGACACUAAAGGGGAGAAGAAACCCAAAAACGACGAAUACAUUGCAUAUUUGCAAAAGCGGAAUAUAAAAGGUUGGUUUCACCUUUUGCACAGGCAUGACGCUCGUUCAGCUUGUUAUGCAUGCAGGACUUUUGAUACACUGUCGAAGGAGGACAACCUGGAGCGACUGGAGAACAUACGCGAGAGGUUCCGAAACGACUAUGGACGCAGGAAUACUUUCUUCGCCAUGAGAGGCCGUUAUAUGUAUAUCUUGGUGGACCAUAAAAGUCCCCAGACGGUUCCUGGUGAAGAUGAAGCGGAAGAGCUGAAGCAAAGCAAACGUCUCAAGCCUACCGCCAAAGAAUGGUCCGAGUUUCAGACGACCCUCCUCCUGCACAUGACGAACGACACGGACUUACCCUAUGGACUCAGGGAGAAGUCAUCAAAGCGGUACCACGAGACCGAGGAAGAGAUAAAGGCGAGGGUGCUGAAAAUUAUAGAGGCAGAGGAAAGAGCAGAGCAGGAAAAACGCAACAAGGAGGCGCAAGCCGAGCUGGGAAAACGGGACGAGGACGAGCACCAAGCAGAGCUGGGAGAAGGCAACGAGGACGGAGGACAAGCAGAGCUGCCGCAACCUAAGGGCAGCGAGACUGCAGAAUAG